GAGAUACUUAUGACAGUUCCAGCCAUAAUUCAGUCUCGAGAGGAGCCACUCUUUGAAGGAUUUCCGAAAUGAAGCACCAACAAGUGACGGUGGACUACUGGACCAUGUUCAAGACAUCGGGGAUGUGCUUGCUACUGGCGGUUUGCGGAUUUGUACUCCUUAAAAUGGUGCAGACCAUUUUCUGGCUACCCGGACACCUGAAGAAGAACCAAAAGCGUCUUGAGGAUCUGGCCAAGCUCUAUGCCAAGGACAUAGGCGAUGAUGAGAGGGCCGAGAUAGAGAAACUCUUCAACAGCGACGAGCCCAUGACAGAAGAACAGAUUAAGCAGCUGCUCGACAAAACCGAGAACGAAGAGCCCAAAAAGGAUCAGUAGUUUAAAUAAAUAGACUUUCCG